AUGGCUGUAAAUUUAUUCAAAGUCUCGGUACUCACUACUUUGUACAUCAGUAUAGGAGUGAAAUACACAGAUUCGUCUCCUACUGAACCUCGAACACUGCUGAUCGACGGCCCGUCUCUUAUGUAUCUAAGAUCACAUCCAAAUGAAAUCAAGGAUGCUAUAAGUUCGAUCAUUGGUAGGGCACAGAAAUGGCAGGGUAAAACGAUAGACACUGUGCUGAACAAAGGGUCGGGUGCAAACCAGUGGCCCGGUUCCUCUAUAAACGAUUACUAUACGUUUUCUCCUUACUACUGGUUGGCCGAGGAAGCCCCUUGUCUUAAUGAGAACCUCUGCUUAUUGGCAGAGUUCACAGACGAUGACUUCACACAUCAUGAACUUCUACAAUUACCUGGCUAUAGAAAAACCUUGACAAACACACAAUACAGGCGCUUGAGCAAAGACUUUGACCCCGUGUCUGGUCUUGAAUGCUACAAGAAAGGACAAUAUGCUAAGUGUGAUGGUAUGGCAAAUGGGCAUACAAAUAACCCCAACGAUAAGCAGGCAAAAAACAAUAUGCUACAGGCGGUUCUGUCUUCUUCACUAUCUUACUGGUAUACUGGCGAUGAGAAGUACGCUAAAGUCGCCAGUGACUGGGCUAGAGCCUGGUUUGUGAAUCAAAAGACCAGAAUGAACCCAAACACGAACUUUGCGCAAGGUAUUACAGGUCUCAUUCCGGGACAAAAAUACGGAAUCAUAGAGGUCAAUCGAUUCAUACAGGAUGUUUUCGAAAUGCUAGAACUUCUGACAGCAGGGGGUAGAAAGCAUUGA